UGCUUCCCUCAUUGCUGCCCGGACCACGCACCCAGAAGCUACUGUGGAUGUUCACUGCACGUUUUGGUCACUUUUGAGUCUGUGGAGGAUGCUGUCACCGCGGACCAGAAUGAAGACCUCGUCGUGUGUGCUCGGUUCGAGUCCACGGCCAAUGGAGCCACUUCGCGUGCUGGUGAUGUCGUGAGUGCAUUGCAACCGGAUGACAUUGUGGCGCUGCCCAGUAGCGCUCUAUUACCGUCAGGGGAUACAGAGAGUGACUGGGUUCGAGCUGAAAAGGCGGGCGACAGCUACCAGCAAAAAUUUCCAGAGAAUGCCAUUCUCUACGUGCUGAACAACCACCGCAAUCCACAAUGGUAUUACGGCUAUGACAGCGGCUCCACCAAGACGCAGCGCGAGAUGAAGCACGUGCUGGCUGUGUACGCACUCGUGCUG